AUGAAGCUCGCCUCCGGACUCCAAUACUUCAAUACCACCCUAGCAUUAGCGUGUUCUCUCAUUGCAAUUUCAUCCUUGAACUAUGGCUUCGACAACCAGGGCUUCUCAACCACAGAGGCCAUGGACGCGUUUGACCGGCGGUUCGGCCAGUUUGAUGCGGCAACGCAGUCUUACGCACUGGUUCCAUCCUGGCUAUCAUUGUUCAACAGCCUGAACUACAUUGGCUUUGCAUUUGGCGUGCUUAUCGGCAGUAUCAUUUCUUCGCGAUUCGGCCGUCGAUGGUGCAUGUUUUGUAUGAGCGGAUAUGCCCUCAUCACGGCGACUAUAACUGUGACGUCCCUGAAUCGAGACCAAAUUUUAGCAGCUCGCAUACUCAACUAUGUCUAUGUUGGCAUGGAAUUGGCUGUCGUGCCAACCUUCCAGUCAGAGAUAGUUCCUGCGCCUGUUCGCGGCCUGGUUGUUGGAACCUACCAAUUUAGUAUUAUUCUGGGCGGUCUUAUUGUGAACUCCAUCUGCAAAGGCACAAGCGGAAUACAGGAUGACCGUGCGUGGAGGAUUCCCAUUGGCCUCUACUACAUCGUACCGUUCAUUAUCCUCUGCUCGAUUUGGUUCAUCCCGGAGAGCCCGCGGUGGCUCUUACAGCGUGGGCGUAUGGAUGAGGCGAAGCGGAACAUUUACCGCUUGCGGGAGGGAUGCUUCAAUGAAGAGGAAAUCGAGGCCGAAUUCCACGAGCUACAGGCAGCGCUAGAACGGGAAGCAGACUCUGGCGCUUGGACGGAUCUGGUAAAAGGGGUCGAUCUCAAGCGAACUGCGCUUGUGGUCAUGGUGAAUUUCUUUCAGCAGGCGACGGGCCAGGCUUUUGCAUCGCAGUACGGAGCAGUCUAUAUCAAGCAGCUCGGGACUGUUAACACGUUUACUAUGACUGUCAUUAUUGCAGUGAUCAAUCUUGCCGCUAUAACGGUUACGCUGAUGUGGAGUGAUAAAGUUGGUCGCCGACCGAUGCUUCUGGCUAGCUCCGCUGUGAUGGCCAUUGGACUGCUGAUCAUGGGAGGGUUGGGGACCCCGACUCCACUAACUAUUCCUAUGAAGAGAGGAAUCGUGGCUAUGUACGUCGUCUUGGCGGUUGGGUUCUCUCUUGGAUGGGGUCCCCAGGCAUAUGUCGUAGCCACUGAGCUCCCUGCUCUUCGAUUGAGAGACAAGACCCUGCAGCUGGGAUUCACAGUCAAUGUGGUUUCGAACUUCGUGGUCAACUUCACUAUUCCCUAUCUUGUGGAUGAGGAAUAUGCCGACUUGGAAUCCAAGGUCGGUUUUAUAUUCGGAUCUAUAAGCGUUUGUGCCUUUGUCACCACGUAUCUCUUUGUUCCUGAAUGUCGGGGCAAGACACUAGAGGAGAUUGAUGUGAUGUUUAAAUCCGGGGUGAAGCUGAGAAAGUUUGGGUCCACAGAUGCGUCCCUACUUUUGGCGCAACCACGGGUCAGCAAGAGCCUAAAGACAGAAACAGGGGUGUUAGUAGAGAACCAGAGGGACCUAGGUGUUUGAUCACCGCCUUUAUAGAAAUACCAUGCAAGCCCUUUCUAGGUGCCCGAUGAGGAAGAAGUUGGAACUUUGAUGGCGAGA